AUGGACAAAAGGGCUGCCCUGCGACGCACGGAUGUCGUGCUGGAGGUGGGCCCCGGGACUGGCAACCUGACGGUGAAGAUGCUAGAGAAGGUUAAAAAGGUUAUUGCUUGUGAAAUUGAUCCCAGGCUUGUCGGUGAACUUCAGAAGAGAGUCCAGGGCACGUGUCUGGCAAACAAACUUGAAAUCAAGGUUGGAGAUGUCUUGAAAACAGACUUACCGUUUUUUGAUGCAUGUGUGGCUAACUUGCCUUACCAGAUUUCUUCACCUUUUGUUUUCAAGUUGUUGCUUCAUAGACCUUUUUUCAGGUGUGCAAUACUUAUGUUUCAAAGGGAAUUUGCACUUCGUUUGGUUGCAAAACCAGGAAGUAAACUAUACUGCAGACUCUCUAUUAAUACUCAGUUACUAGCUCGAGUGGACCAUCUGAUGAAGGUUGGAAGGAACAACUUCAGGCCUCCUCCCAAAGUUGAAUCCAGUGUCGUCAGGAUAGAGCCAAAGAACCCACCACCACCAAUCAACUUCCAGGAGUGGGAUGGUCUGGUAAGGAUAGCCUUUGUUAGGAAAAACAAGACACUCUCUGCAGCAUUUAAGUCAAGUGCUGUGGAGCAGUUGCUGGAUCAUAAUUACCGAAUUCAUUGUUCCUUACAUAAUACAGAAAUACCUGAAAACUUCAAAAUUGCAGAGAAGAUACAGACAGUCCUAAAAAAUACAGGUUACUCUGAAAAACGAGCCCGUUCAAUGGAUAUAGAUGAUUUCAUUCGGUUGCUGCAUGGCUUCAAUUCAGAAGGCAUCCAUUUCUCAUAG